CAAACAUGGCCAACACAACAACAACAGGCAAGAGGCUCGUCCGCUCGAAAUCAGGGCUGAGAAUUGUGCCUUUGAAUGAUUUCGACAAAAGUCCAUUUGAGUUGAGAGAACCUGAGUGGAUACCUGAUAAGCUGAGUCCGACAUGCAUGGAUUGCAAAGAAAAGUUUGACUUUUUAAAGAGAAGGCAUCACUGUCGUCGGUGUGGACGAGUCUGUUGUGCUUCCUGCUGCGAGACUCGUAUUGCUUUGCCAAGAAUGUGCUUUCUUGACCCAGUACGGGUGUGUACACCAUGUGCAGAGACAACGUUAAGAGAAAACAUCUUUUACAAUAAAGACCUCAAGGCUCUGUUCACUGGAGCCAUACUGUGCAUGGCAAGUGAUUCUGCAAUGGAUUUAGUGCAGUGCCAUCUGUCGCCUGACCAACGAUUCUUUGUUGUCUCUGGACCCUACAAUGACUCUGCUCUACCCCUGUCUAUACCCAUGCACCGAAUUACGGGUAUCCAAGUGGGUGACCGCGACCAGAAUGUGUCUGGCAAUUGCUUGGUAUCAUCUCUCACAGUGCAGUACUGCUUGGCUGGAGAAGAAGAGAAGGAGGUUAGUCUGGCAGCUCCUCCAGAUGCAAGUGCCUCUGCUUUUGCCUUCCUCACAGCACUUGAAAAAGCUAUGUUUAUGAUGCAGGAGUCAAGGGCCGUCAUUGGCACCGGAGAGUGAAUGAAAAGGUAGAAUUUUUUGUAUGAGGUGAAAUGCUAGAGUUGGUAAUACUGUAGAGACAAGGGCAAAAGGUGUCAUUUAUAUAUUUAGAUAGACUUUUAAGCUAUGAAAAAAUACUAAAAAGAAUUUGAUUUAUGGAGUAUUAUCUAAUGAUGUGAUUAUAAUGUGUUAUCAAAAAAGACUUUGUAUGUUGUUACUCGAGAGAAUUUUGCAAUAAUCAAGGGUGAGGUAUAUGACAAGAUAAAGUAAUAUUCUUAGUAAAAUAAAUUUGAUGGAAAGAAUAGUGUGUAAAAUUCAGAUUAUAAGAAGAGAAAUUUAAGAGGAUGACUAACUUAUUGUGAGAAGGUGUAAGUAAUUUACCUGUGCAUAAUGCCAGUUAGGACAAAACACUGCAUCUUAAAAUAGGAAAGACAAGACUAGAAAGGAGUUUUGAGGAGACAGAGAUAAAAAAUAUGAUGUUAGCACUUGCAUAAAUCAAACCCUAAGUUAAGGUAUAAAGAAUUGCAAUAAGGUGUUAUGAUGCACUGUAUUUGUUGUUAUUCUUAUAGAAAUUGAUGGAAAGUUGGUAUAAAAAAAAAUUUCCAAAGAGGAGGUGUGUAAAAAAGACUUGGGUUUAAAGUAUAAAAGACAUAAAAUUCAGGGAAGAUCAAUGCUAAGUACCAUUGAAAUGUCAUGAUAAAUUUUGGAAACUAAUCUUGCAAAUUUUAUAUAUACAUGUAUACUGCUUCAAGUAACCUUAUAUACUACUGUAUAUUCAUUACCUGACUGUAACACAUAUUGAUUGAACUAUUAUGGGCUAUUUGUUUUUCAAUUUAGGUAGCUAUUGCUAAUUUUAUAAUGUAUUUCAAAUUUUCAAAGUUUAUUAAUUCAUCAGUAUGUCCCAUUGAUGUAUUAUUACAAGUAGCUUACAUUUUCUUCAGUGGUCCAAAAUACAGUAAUUCUGAAUGGUGUAGAGUUCACUGAUAAUUUAUCAGUCAUGGGAAACUAGCCAUAGCAAACUUCUUUCUUCUUUCAACAAACUUGCCGUAUCCCACUUAAGUAGGGCGGCCCAAAAAGAAAAACAAAAGUUUCUCUUUUGAACUUUAGUAAUGUAUACAAGAGAAGGGGUUACUAGCCCCUUGCUCCCAGCAUUUUAGUAGCCUCUUACGAUAUGCAUAGCUUACGGAGGAAGAAUUCUGUUCCACUUCUCCAUGGAGCCAUAGUAAACACUUGAUGAUGAUAAUAAUAAUAAUAAUAAUAAUAAUAAUAGUAAUAAUAAUUGUAGAUAGUGGGUUGGUAGACAGCAACCACCCAGGGAGGUACUACCGUCCUGCCAAGUGAGUGUAAAUCGGAAUCCUGUAAUUGUUUUACAUGAUGGUAGGAUUGCUGGUGUCUUUUUUCUGUCUCUUAAACAUGCAAGAUUUCAGGUACGUCUUGCUACUUCUACUUACACUUAGGUCACACUACACAUACAUGUACAAGCAUAUAUAUACACACCCCUCUGGGUUUUCUUCUAUUUUCUUUCAAGUUCUUGUUCUUGUUUAUUUCCUCUUAUCUCCAUGGGGAAGUGGAACAGAAUUCUUCCUCCGUAAGCCAUGCGUGUUGUAAGAGGCGACUAAAAUGCCAGGAGCAAGGGGCUAGUAACUCCUUCUCCUGUAUAAAUUACUAAAUUUAAAAAGAGAAACUUUUGUUUUUCUUUUUGGGCCACCCCGCCUCGGUGGGAUACGGCUGGUGUGUUGAAAGAAGAAAGAAUAACAAUAAUAAUAAUAAUAAUAAUAAUAAUUUUUUUUAAGCAUGCUGGCUGUCUCCCACUGAGGCAGGGUGACCCCAAAAAAAUAACAAUUUUAAUAAUAAUAAUAAUAAUUUGGCUUGCAUAUUAAGCCAUAAAUGCAACAACAUCGAUGAAGAAUGAAUACUAAUGAUUUUAUUCAAGAAUGACAGUAUGAUCACCAGGAUCGUAAACUCUAGAGAAGAGAUGUGCUGUCAACCAAGACUUGUGCUUUCAACCAAUACUCGUACUUUCAACCAAUACUUGAAAGCAUCAGUAGAUUCCUGACUCUUGACAGACACUUCUAAUCUGUUGAGCCAUCUAGGAGCUACAUCAGUAAACUUUCUGCAAGUGAUCUCUCCUUGACAGCAUGAAGCUCAGCCUGAAAGGAUUCAUGGCAGCUGACAGGUACAUUCCUAAGUCUGAUGUAAAAAAGGUUCAAGAAUGUCAGCAAGAUUCUUGGGCUCAUUAAACAUAACUCUAAAUGUUAAUAAGCAGAAUUCAAAUUCAGUUCUUGCCUUGAUCAGGAACCACUGUAGCUCAUACGAGUAGGGACUAGUGGGAACACCAGUUGGGAGAAGAAAUAUCAGUCUACUUGCACGAUUCAGUACAGACUGAAGUCUUUUAACAAGUUGCUAGGCAAACCUACAAACAAACAAUUUCCAGUAAUCAAGAGGAAAUAAAUGCAUGGAUAAAGAACAAGAUACUCUGCUUAUGAAGAUAUUUUCUGACUGCAUAGUGGUUAUGAAUAGGAAAUUGUAAGAUUUAACAAGUUGGUUGAUGUGCCCAAUAAAUGAUAAUGAAGAAUCCAGGUAGACAUCCAGGUUUCUAACUGAUCCACAUGCUGUAAACUGACAGUAUCACACUCAAAGGCAUCAAAAAAUCUCCAGUCUUUACUCUCCUGAGGUUUUCCCUGACAAUCAAAAUCUCUGCCUUACCCUCAUUUAAUUUCAGUUUUGUACUUGUCAUCCAAGUUUGAAUAUCCAGUAAUAGAGAACUAAGACAAACUUUCUAUUGUCAACAUUUAGAACCCUGAUGUAGACUUGUAAAUUAUCAGCAUAAAAAUGACAGUCAACCUCAUGGGUAUCCAAGAGUAUGGCUAAACCACUAACAUAAACUGUAAACAAUACCAGUCCAAGAACAGAGCCAUAAGGAAUGCCAUGAGGGCAAGAAGACAGAUCAGAUACAGAAUAAUUGACUACUAUUGAUAUGACUGAUCAGAAUCAAUUUCAGAAAUGACAAUACAGUAUUGCUAAAGCCACAGUCAAAAAGAUCACUCAUCAGUAAUCCAUUACCAGUGGUAAUAAAUGCAGCACAGAGGUCCAAGAAAUUUAGCAGCAGUAGAUUUCCUGAACACAUGUUCAGUGCCAAAUCAUUAUAAACUGCACACAAAGUCUUCUCAGUUAAAUGAAAUGGCCUGUACACAGGUCUGUACUGGGUGGGCAGUAAUGGUAAUUGUGGUGAAUAAAAAAUAGAUUGUUCUGCCAUAAUAUUAAUAGUAAUGGACAAAUCUGUAACCUACGGACUUUGUCCGUGUUUCCUGAAUUGAAUGGCAGAGCAGAUUAUAUUUCUGUUUCCGAAGUCCAUUAUGCCAAAGGUUUACUGUAAUUUAUUUUUAAAUUUAAAAGCUUGCCACUGGAUACCUCAGCCUCAGUUUUAUGUGGUGGAUGUGCAGGAUGUAGAAAGUAAACAGUACCUUUAUGACCAUAGAUGUGUUUAAAGAGUGCAUAUCCAUGAAAACAAAUUUAAGACCAAGUUUGGAAAUGCAAGCUGUAUCUAUAAUUUAUGGUUUACUGUGCCAUGCUACAACCUUACAUACCAACUUCCAUUCCAUUCUGAGUAAAAGUUCUGAACUAUGUUAGUUUUCACUAUGUUUUAUAUGUUUUGACAAUGUUGUACUGUAGAUCUGUUUUUUUUAUUGUACAUAAAUUAAAUUUUUGCAACAAUGUUGUACUGUAGAUCUGUUUUUUUUUAUUGUACAUAAAUUCAAUUUUUGCAAAGCUAUUAAUUUUUUUACAGGCAGAAACCAAUUACAAUAAUUACUGUACUAACUAAUGCUCUGAACUGUUUUUGUAUUUUCUUCCUGGUAAAUAUUUUCUCUCAUUGCAGGAUUAUUACCCUCUGUAACCCUCCAUUUUGUCCUUGUCUGUAUUUCAUAAAGUUCACUACGGACACCAUACCAUGCCUUGUAUGAAAACUUUUGCUAAUGUACUGCAAAUAGAUCUUGUAAUUGAAUAUAUCAGGUAUUAGAGAAAAGUAAUUGUUCAUUCACACAAUCUCUGAUAAUAUAAAGUUAGCAACAGCUUGUGGGUUUGUAUCAACUGUUGUUGUGAUCUGACUAAACACUCUUAUGUAUUGAGAGUUUGAUAAUUAGAUUUUGAGAUUAUUUAAAUGAAUUAGGCACAUGCUCUUAUUAUGUAGCACAAUUUGUAGUAUAAUUCAUAAAAUAUUAGAUUUAAGUUCUCUGGAAUAGGACAAAAUUAAUCCAACUUCUUUUGUGGUUAAAGAAGCAAGAGCAAACACUGAGGACAUUUUAUUUUUUGUGUUCUGGUCUGAGGACCUUGUUUACUCCAUGCAUACGUGGGUCAUGAAAAACAUAGGUUUAUAUAGGUAAAGUACAUGUGGAGUAAGCUGGACUUUAGCAAAGUUAGGUAUGCUGAAAAUCUUGGGUAGCUUUAAAAACAGGUUAUGUGAGUGAGAGGGGUUGUAUUCGAGAAGAACCUGCCUGGUAAGGGCCACUAGGUCAGUGUUUUCUGAUGGCUGUGUACCGAGGUUGAUGGGUUUAUACACAUUCUGGAUGCAUGUGUGCCAACAUGGUAGAUGUGUUAUAAUUACCUGCUUUCUGCACUACCAUAUUUGUUGCCAUCAUCAGGGAUUCUUUUAAACACUGUUGUCUUCUUACAUCUUGCUCCCUGGUGACCAGCUGGACUUCAGAUCACCUCAUUAAAUAUUCCUUUGUGUCUCUGAAUCAUGGUGGCAUUAUUUUGGUCAUCUCUGCUGCACUUGUAUUUAUGUUCAUUGAUCCUAAAUGGAUAGACUCCUACCAGUCUCCCCCAUGUACUUCUUGUUUCAGUAUCUAUACAGGAUAGUGAAGACACCAGCACUAGAUACUGGGAACUUAGCAGUGGUUCACUUUCUGAUGAGAUCUUUGGUGGAGGUGGUUACUAUUGUGGCCAUUUUGAUAUUUUACUUGUUAAGUGCUCUGAAGGUGUUGUAUGCCACAUCACCACACUGAUGAUUAAUACAGUAUCUGAAGAUGUAGUGUUCAAGAUAGUCUCAGAUUGUACUCUACAGUCAUGGAUGAAUAUGUGGUAUAGUAAAGACAUGUGGAGGUUUGUAGAAAGUGGACACAUUCUUCCUCUGGGGUAGCAGGACUAGAUAUACAAAGAACUCUCUAAUGAAUCCAGUUACUUCUCUUCUCUUGUUGCAUGUGUCAUAGUGUGAGGAAUAUGAGGUUAUCCUUGUUAGUGGGAUUCCUGUACACUUUGAGAGGGCUUCACUGUCAGGUGUUCUGCAUAGAAGGAUGUCUAAGAGGGAGAGCAGACAUUUUUUUCAGGCUAUUAAGAUAAAUAUGUUAUGGUGCUUGGAAUCGUGGUGUGAAACUUUUCUGCCUCCAGGCACUGCAUAAUGAUAUUAGCUAGCAUGGAGCUGAGGGGGCUACCCAUUACCAUGCCGAAAUACUAUAAGUUAAAAUUGACUUACAGGUCAAUCAAAUCGAUGAAGUUUUGUUGGGGCAGAGGGAGGUCAUUGUCAUCAGCUGUCUGUCUACAUCAAUGGCAAUUGGAGUAGUAAUGUUGGAAGAGAGAGAUGUUCCAUCAAAAAAAGCUGUGUGUUUAUUCCCAAUGUUGACACUUGAGAAAAACCAUACCCCGGCCGGGAUUGAACCCGCGGUCAGAGAGUCUCAAAACUCCAGCCCAUCGCGUUAGCCACUAGACCAGCUAGCCACAAUAAGAUUCGUCCAACUAGGUCAUUACGAUUUCGUAAGUCAUCUUGACACUUGAGAUACAAGACAGGUCUCCUGAAUGUUUCUAGCAUGGCUAAUGGUGCCCAGGGGCUUGGAUAGAUGUUUGGCAAGGAGUCCUACCAGUCAGGACAGCCAUCAAAUGAACACAAGAUUGGAGGAGCACUGGCAGUAGUCCUACUAGCCCUUGCUGGGCAGGUACCUUCUCAAAUACAUCCCUUCUCGCACAUUUACUUUGUCUAACCUAUUUUUAAUGUUACCAAAAAUUUUCAGCGCACCUGAUCUCACUGAAGUUCAGCUUGUUUUACAUGUACCUUUUCCUAUAUGAACUUAGGACCCAUGUAUGUUUGGAGUGAACAAGGUCAGAGGACUGAAACAUAUCCAUAAUAUAAUGUCCUCAAUGCUUUCUCAUUUGUCUUUAAACACAACUUGUCAGAAUCAUAAAUAUAUAUAAUUUUUUUUCAACAAACUGAUUGCCUCAUCUGGACUUAUUUUGCUAUUUGUAUAGAUCUGUGUAUUGCUGCUAAUAAUUAUGCUGUAUAACUUUUGCUUUGUCAUAUUUUAUGAAGAUCUUUAUCUGUUUAAGUUAUAUGAAGUAUUAAUAGGUUUAUUGGCCUUAUUCUUUGAGGAUUUAGUGCAUCAGUUCUACUCACUUGCAGAUAAGAUAGUCAGGGAAGAAUUGUGGUUGUGAAAUAGAAAAGACUUGUAAUACAUUUUUGUGUUACACAAAUAACCCGCACAUAAAAGAGAGAAGCUUACGACGACGUUUCGGUCCGACUUGGACCAUUUACAAAGUCACACAAGUCACACUUUGUAAAUGGUCCAAGUCGGACCGAAACGUCGUCGUGAGCUUCUCUCUUUUAUGUGCGGGUUAUUUGUGUAUCGUUCCAGUCACGGUAUUGUGCCUUUUUUUGUUAUUUUCUGUGUUAACACAAUAGCUUGUUGCACCAGUUUUCAAGAUGAAAGUAAGUAUCUUGUUAAAAUUCCAUUAUUUUCAUCAACAAUUUGAGACCUAUAGCUCAAGUUAUUUUCUUCUAAUGUGUAUGGAUAUCUUCCCUGCAUUUGGAAGCUGUGAUUAGAAUUGCCUUUGGUACAAAGUCUAUAAUCUGGAGCCCUUCAAGAGGAGGUACCUUGAUGGUGAUGAAAUGGUACUGAUCCAAGGAAUUGGAGCUAUCCUACCCUUGGAUCAAAUCUGAUUUAUCUCCAUUUUCCCAGGCUCUGUACAACUCUUAUGGGUGUAGCACUUGCCCAUGAAUAUAAUUUAAUCUGGAGGAUAGCAAAUUUAAUUCUGAUUAUUUCUCCAGGUGAUAUAUUUUGUACAUAGUGUUCAUUCAAGUUUUAUUUUUUAGUCUAAGACACUGUAUACUGUACCUUUCAUGCCAUUGCAAAAUAUAGACCUCACUAAGAGUUUGGAUGAGGUACUGUUGAGUUGUAAAUAUAGUGUACCAUUGCCACUGCUUUUUAGUGAGAAAAAUUUAUAAGGUCAAUUGCAGUAUAUUAAGCAUUUCUUGUUACAUAUAUGUUAUUCAAAAUUAAAUUAUUAUCUUUUUUUAUUAUUGCAAGGUCACAGGACUGUACAGGUCUCCCUCAACAUUCGCGUUUUCAACUUUCGCGGGCCUCACACAUUCGCGAAUUCCCAACCGCCAAAUUCCCAGCCUCCAAAUUCCCAGCCGCCAAAUCAUAUUUAAGUUUCCCUCCACCUGCGAGUCCCUACUACCCUCCCUCCGACCCCCGCAACUGGCAGCCAGCCCUCCCACCAGUGUGGUGAGUGUUUUGUUUGUUCAUUAUUUGCUAUUAAACUACAGUAUAAAUAAUGUAAACCCAUUCAUGACUGCAUAUUGGAAUGGCUAUUCGGACAGGUAUUGGAUGGUGACAUCAUGUGUUUACUCUUGAACACAGCAAAGAAUCAAACAUUUCUGCUACUGCUAAUAACAACAAUAGUAAUAAUAAUAAUAAUAAUAAUAAUAAUAAUAAUAAUAAUAAUAAUAAUAAAUACGACAGAAUUGAAGAAGGAAAUUGUACAAAAAUACGAGGGAGUGAUUGGCACAUGGUCAGUGUGGCUUUGUUUAUGCUGGAGUGAGCAUUAGUCUCCGUGCUCUUCCAAACAUUUCACAAUAAUUCAUUAUGUUUGGUGCUUGUAGAUUGAGUGCGACUGGAGUGGUAGAGGCAGUGGUUGAGGAAGCGGUUGAGGGAGUGGGUGAGGCAGUGGGUGAGGUAGUGGGUGAGACAGUGGUUGAGGCAGUGGGUGAGGUAGUGGUUGAGGCAGCAGGUGAGGCAGUGGUUGAGGCAGCAGGUGAGGCAGCAGGUGAGGCAGUGGUUGAGGCAGUGGG